ACAAGUUAAAAUUUUAAUAAAAGUUAAAACCAUUGUCGUUCUUUCGUGAUUGAUUUUUGGAAAGGCUCACUACUUAAUAAUUCUUCAAGCUUCAAUCUUCAUCAUGACUGAGGUGGACGAUAUUUCUAUAGCAUUUCGCCCUUAUGUUGAAACAAUAUACACAGACUUGCGACUCGGAUUGUGCAAGUCAAAAAUUGAAAUAGAAAAAAUUGGAAGCAACUCAAAAGGUAACCAUAACCAAUUUCGCCUCUUACUACCAUAUUGCUCAAGGAAAUUAAAAUGGGAAGUAAUAUUUGACUCGUCUGUGCCAUGGUUUGCUCCGGAUUUUCGUUUUGACGAUGAUAGUUUCUUUAGUAACGUCGACGAGGAUUUUAUUGAAAAAAGUCUACCAAGCCUAGCACAAUGGAAUCCUAGUAACUUGAGGAGUUUAAACAAUGUAUUGACAGAGUUAAUAUGUUUCUACAAAACAUAUCAGGUAAAAAAAUUAAAUGAAGACCCAAAUUCUAGAGCAUCAUUUGAGUACAAUGCUUUAUUAGGCAAUGCACUUACAACGGAAGAAGAUGUUGAAGUGUUUGUUGGCAAUCACACAGUUGAGUUCCUCAUUAAACUUAAAGUGGAUACAUCCAGACUACCUGAAAUCUAUAAUGAUGGAAUCAAUGAAAAUCCUGGUAUUGAUACAGCGCUGCUACUUGUUCGCUAUCCUAAUUCAACAAAUGCAGAGUUGAUUUUAUCACCAUUCCUUACCAAAGUUCUUGGCAACAUAACUUUACCACCAAUGCAUCAAAAUGGUGUACUCAUGGAUUAUGUGCCCUUGGUUACAGAAAUACUAAAUAAAAAGGUCCAAGAUCUACUAAAUAAUGAUAAACUGAAGAGGGAAUUGCUGGCACAGAUAAUUGUAAAAUAUGAGGGUGCUAUACUUGAGCAUGAUGCUAGUAGUGUAGCUUUAUUGUUUGAAAUGAAUGAUUUCCACUGGAUUUUACAGAUUGAUAUUGGUCUUCAAUUUCCAGAUAAACCUCCCGUGCUUACACUGCGAUCUGUUUAUCAUUGCACCUCUAAUUACCCCUAUAGAAAACCCAGAACAAAAGUAUUACCAAGCUGUCCAUACAACAACUUUGAAGGUUACAUUGCACAACAAGUUGAAAUAUUCAAGACUGAGUGCAAAGGUACAUCAACACAACCUCUUUUGGAUAUAGAUAAUUAAACAUUAAUACCAGUUUAAAAUUUCAAACAUAUUACAAGAUAUUAUGCUAUUAUACUAUAGAUAAAAAGUAUGUUAAAUUGUUUUUGUUUCAAUUAUUCAUAUUUAAGUAGUCAAGUACAUGUCACAUCAUAAAAAGUAAAGAAACAUAAAGUCUCCCAUACUUCAACCAUUUUUAAUUUGGUUCCUUAUCGCACAGUUAAAUAUGGCAAUAGCAACCAAACACUAACACUCAAAUUUACGAAAUUAAAUUCAUUAAUUAUGAUUCGGGUUUAUUUUCAUAUUAAUUUACCAAGUUAUUAAAAUAAAUGGUUUUGUUUACUUUGUCACUUACAGCUAUGGUAGGAUUUUUAAAAUAAAACUAAGAUUAAAUGAA